GGUCAAUCGAAUGAAAACAGAGUAAGGGGAAGAAGCCGGCCGCCAGGAGCAGCAGCGAUAGCGGCGUCCUGAGUAGCUGCAGCGUUCCGGAAGCUCCAGGCGGUUUUUCUGCCGAGCCUGGGUCCUGGCUCCCACCCUCCCCGCCCCGCCGGUUGUUGUCUGGGCGGAUUUAAACUGUCAAGUAAAAUCAAGCUGGGUAAUCAUGGCAGAAGGUGGAUUCGAUCCCUGUGAAUGUGUUUGCUCUCACGAACAUGCAAUGAGAAGGCUGAUCAAUCUGUUACGCCAGUCCCAGUCCUACUGCACAGACACAGAAUGUCUUCAGGAAUUACCAGGACCCUCUGGUGAUAAUGGUAUCAGUAUUACUAUGAUCUUGAUGGCCUGGAUGGUUAUUGCACUGAUCUUGUUCUUACUGAGACCUCCUAAUCUAAGAGGAUCCAAUCUACCUGGAAAGCCAUCCAGUCCUCAUAAUGAACAAGAUCCACCAGCUCCUCCUGUGGACUAACUUUGUGAUAUGGGAAGUGAAAAUAGUUAAUACCUUGCACGACCAAACGAACGAAGAUGACCAGAGUACUCUUAACCCCAUUAGAACUGUUUUUCCUUUUUGCAUCUGCAAUAUGGGAUGGUAUUGUUUUCAUGAGCUUCUAGAAAUUUCACUUGCAAGCUUAUUUUUGCUUCCCAUGUUAUCACCAUUCCUAUUUACAGUAUAUCUGAGUAAAUGAUUAUAUGUUAAAAAAAAGUUACAUGGGGAUUUUUUGGUUGUCCUAAACUUAAACAUUCCACUCAUUCUGUUUGUAACUGUGAUCAUAAUUUUCAUGAUGAUUUCUGGCCUGAUUGAAGGAAAUUUGAGAUCUCUGCAUUUAAAUAUUUUAAAUAGUUUUGAUAGGUUUUUAAAUUGCUUUUUUUCAUAAGGUAUUUAUAAAGUUAAUUUGGGGUUGUCUGAGAUUGUAUGAAAGAAAAUUAGAACCACACUGUAUUUACAUUUACCUUGGUAGUUUAUUGUGGGUGGCAGUUUUCUCUAGUUCUUGAUACUGUGGCAGCUCUUGUAGUAUUUUACAAAUUACGGCUGAAAUCUAUAUCAUCCAUUACAGCUGGCUUAUGUGGCUAGAAUAGGAUAGAAGAGAUGAAGUGGUUGUUUACUAAUUUUUUUUACUCCCAUUAAAAAUGUUUAAUUUUAAGAAAACUAAGUAAACACAAUUGAUCAAUAUGGUGGGUGAUUUACAGUCCAUUAUAUGACCUUCGUAAGCCACUGUACACUAACUAGCCUUACAAGGUUUAUGAAAGGAGGAAAAAAGAUAAUUCUUUCUGCCUUUGCCAAAUAUAAUCUAUAUAAUAUUAAUUUAAGCUAUAAUUUAUUUUUAAAAUGAGUGCCUCUCAGUAAGCUUCUAUUCUGUUCUAACACUUCCCUGUUAAAAUGAAAUCAUCUUGAAGCUGUAUUGUGGCCUCUUAGAUUACUGAUAUUUGAAUGCCUCUUGAUUUGCUUACUCCCUUUUCUAUUUGAAGAAAAUUUUGAAAUUUUUUCUUCUGAGUUUUAAAAUUUUUCAACAAAUUCUUUGUUUAUUCCAAGGGAAAAGGAGGAAAAUGAGAAACAAUCAAGGAUCUUUCUCUUACCCCUGUCACAUUUCUGUUUGGUAAUGGGAUGUACUGGGGUGGGAAGGAAUAUUAAUAGAAGUGAAAUUUUGAAAUGUAUAAAAAAGUAAAAGGUUGCAUUGUGAAUACAGUAGCAUAAAAAAUGUCUGCAAUGCUUAUGUGGUUAUGGAAUUUUUUUCUAGCAAAUGAUUGCAGAUGAUUUAUGGGGGAUAGAAGAUAUUUUGCUAUCAAUGUAAGGAUUUUUACCCCCUAGGAUAGUCUAGCUUUUCACUGUAUAGAUGUGAGGAAUUACUUGUAUGAACUGAAUAAACUUCUCUAUAUCAUUGUACUGUUUAAUACUCUCUGAUACAAUUGUGUGACACUCAUAGGGUAUUUUUCCCCUUUAUUGUGAUUACAUUCUAGGCCAUAAACAUUGUAGGGGCAUCAUUUCAUUAUAUAAUCUAAUACUGACUUCUUGCAUCCCUCCUUGGGUAUCUUGGCUUUGUGCUCACCUUCUUGAAAUAACUUGUGUUAAUAGAGGGGUAACAUAACACAGGUAAGUUAAAUUCUGGAGAAAUGAACACCACAGAGUAAAGGUUUUUCCUCUUGCUGUGGCCUACCGGAAGCCUUCCCAGCAAUACAGCUGGUAAAGUAUUUAAAGUGGAACGGGUCGGAAUAGCAUGAGAUGGAGCUAAAUCCCUGUAGCAUUCCAUUUUCUGCCCUGGCUUCUUGAGCUUUGAAGGCUUGCCCAUAUAGCCCAACAGUCUGUUCUCUUAGCUGCCAGAAAGCCAAUUCCUGGCAGAGGUACUGAUGUAGUCACUGGAUUAUUGGCUCACAAAUAAUUGAGAAUUGGUUUUGGUUGAAGAAGUGGCUGAAAAAAGGAUACAGACUGUCUAGUAUCAGAGACCUGAAAAUCUGGAUUCUUAUUCCUAGUUUUUCAUUCCUGUCACAUAAUUGAUAUUCUAUCUAAAUAUAUUAGCCUUUUCCUGUAUGGACCAUCUAUUUAGUUAGUAACAGAAGUUCUUAGUGAAGUAUUUAAUCUUGGGUUCUUUGCUUAUAAAAUUUCUCUGCAUUCCUGAAAAAAGACAGUGUACUGCACAUAAAGUAUUCUUAACCUAACUAGUAAUUUAUAUACUAUUCUUUUUAACUCUUAAAACUUCUACAUGUGGCCUUUUUAUUAAGUGCACUCAUAAAUCAUUAUUUGUCUUAUAAACAUUCACCUGACCUGUGGCUACAAUCUUUUUUAAGUUAUCUGGAAAAAAGAAAGAUAAAUUGUACAUUUUCAUCACUUUUAGCUCUUAAAUAUUCCACAAAUGCAAUUAAGAGUUUAUUUUGUUUUAGAAUCAUUUAAUAUUCUUUUAUGCAAUAUAAUGGGAGUUGGUUUUUGUUGAUUUUGCUUUCCAUAUGGAAAAGGUUAACAUUGGAACUGUUUAUAGUGAAAGAUUUUAACAUGCUCUAUUUAAGCACAUCCCCUGGUCAGCAAGUCGUAUUUUACAACUUGCAGAGGUUUUCCAAAGUAAGUAUUGAGUAAGCUAUACCAUGGUUACUUUAAAUGUCUGUGGUAUAUAAUGUGAUAGUGUUUAUGGAAUUACCAAUAUCUUAAAUUUUCACAGGAACCUUGGAAGUCUAUCUCUCUAAAUGAAAGUCUAAAUGAAUAUGUGCUCAAAUUUGACCAGCUAAGUUUGAGACACAAAACAGCAACUGAAGAAGGAAAAAUGUAGAGAGUUUACAGUAAAUGGGUUAAAUUUUUGUAGUUAAAAUUAUAAGUUUAGUCUUAUGAUAAUGUUUCUGAAUGAAAAAUCGUAUAUAUUUGUUACCUUAUCUGAUGAUUACUUUGUUAAAAGCAAAAGUGGUCAUGUGAUGUACUAAAUGUUAAUUGCUGUUUUUAAAUGUUUAAAUCAUGCCAAACAAAUUAUGUCUGUGCCAUCCAGGGUUUAUUGUUAAUCUUUUACUGAGUACUUGGAUUGGGAUAAAGGGCUUGUACUAUGCACUUUUUAUUAAUGAAUAAAUAGAAAACAUUAGUAACACUC